AUGAUCGAUACAGUAUCUCAUCAUCAACAUCAAGCUUAUUUGGACAUGUCGUCAGCGGCUGCGAACGGUGUUCAUCAUUCACAGACGAAUGGUCAUAAUACUCAACAAGAUUCCAACAACUUAAAUAUCGAUCAAUUAGCUGCAGAUGUCGAUUUAGCUGGACAAGAUGAAUGUAAUUCGUCGGCACGGAUGUUCGAACGAACACGCAUUCAAGUUCUAGCUGAUGAACGUGGCCAUGUACAGAAGAAAACGUUUACCAAAUGGGUUAACUCGCAUUUAUCUCGUGUCGGCUGUCGAAUUACUGAUCUAUACACCGAUCUUGGCGAUGGCCGAAUGUUGAUUCGUUUAUUGGAAAUAUUAAGCGGCGAACGUCUACCCAAAGCCACACGAGGCAAAAUGCGUAUUCAUUGUUUAGAAAAUGUUGAUAAAGCUAUCAUGUUUUUACAAGAGCAACAUGUUCAUUUGGAAAAUAUUGGCGCACAUGAUAUUGUUGAUGGUAAUUCUUCAUUAAUUCUCGGUCUGAUGUGGACAAUUAUUCUUCGCUUUCAAAUUCAAGACAUCACAAUCGAAGAAUACGAAUCAACAGAGACGAAAUCUGCCAAAGACGCACUUUUACUGUGGUGUCAAAUGAAAACAGCUGAUUAUUCAAAUGUCAAUGUACGAAACUUCACAUCAUCGUGGAAAGAUGGUUUAGCAUUUUGUGCAUUGAUACACAAACAUCGUCCUGAUUUAAUUCCUCAAUUUAAAACUUUAACUAAAGAAAAUGCGAAUCACAAUCUGCAAUUAGCAUUUGAUAUAUGUGAAAAACGUUUAGGUAUCAGUCGAUUACUUGAUCCCGAAGACGUUAAUGUUGAAUAUGUUGACGAGAAAUCGAUCAUCACAUAUAUUGUUACUCUAUAUCAUUACUUUUCGAAAAUGAAAAAUGAUAGCGUUCAAGGCCGACGUUUAGCCAAAGUUGUUGGCUCAGCACUUGAAUCAGAAAAAAUGGCACAUGAAUAUGAACGUUUAGUGUCAGAUCUCCUCGCAUGGAUUGAUCAAACAAUACGAACAUUGAAUGAUCGACAGUUUCCAAAUUCCUUGGCACGUGUACAAGAAAAACUGUUGGAAUUCAAUCGUUAUCGUGUCAUCGACAAACCGCCACGCUUUGCUGAAAAAGGAAAUUUAGAAGUUUUACUAUUCACAUUGCAAAGUAAAGAACGUGCCAAUCAACAAAUUCCAUACCAACCUCGUGAAGGCAAAAUGAUCUCCGAUAUCAAUCGUGCCUGGGAAAAUUUGGAACGUGCAGAGCACGAACGCGAGUUAGCACUACGAGAAGAGGUGCUUCGACAAGAACGUCUCGAGCAAUUGGCAACUAAAUUCAAUCGCAAGGCUGGCCUGAGAGAGAAAUGGCUGACUGACAGUGAAAAACUCGUGGCGAGUGAUCAAUUUGGCACUGAUUUAACUUCGGUUGAGGCUGCAUUCAAAAAACAAGAAGCUAUUCAGACGGAUAUAGCCGCGUUUGAAGAACGCCUUCAGAAUAUCAUGGCUAUUGCCAAUGAACUUAAAACCGAAGACUAUCAUGAUUUUGCGACUAUUGAAGCACGGAAGAAGAACGUGGAAAUGCAUUGGGAAUAUUUAGUUAGUUUAGUUACUAAACGACGUCAAUGUCUAGAACUUGCUUACAACUUACAACGUGUUUUUCAAGAAAUGCAAUAUAUCUAUGAAUGGAUUACUGAUUUGAAAUGGCGAUUGAAGUCCGACGAUAUUGAGAAAAAUGUUAUGUCUGCCGAUGAUCUCCUUCAACGACAUUCAUUAAUUGAAGCUGAUAUAUACAUUAUCGAUGAACGUUUAAAACGUGCCAUAAGUGAUGCGGAUGAAUAUCUCAAUCCGGAUGUGAAUAUCGAUGGUUAUCGUCCAGCUACACCUGAAGAAAUCGAAAUCCGCAUACAUAAUUUACAGAAAGCGUAUGAAGAAUUAAUUGAAUUAGCACGUAAACGUCGAGAUUUACUUGAACAAGCAAAAAUUUUAUCGAGAUUCUAUUCCGAUAUUGGUGAUGCCGAACUAUGGAUUGAUGAAAAGCAACAAGCAAUGACAUCACCUGACAUGGGUCAUGACGUGAAUUCGACGGAUAGUUUAGUCGCUAAACAUAAAUUAGUCGAAACAGAUAUGACUACGAGGUAUGGUCAAUUGGAAACUCUGACCAGUCAGGGCGAUACAAUGAUCAGCCAAGGUCAUUUUGCAUCUAAGAAGAUUAACGAACGUCUCGAUACGUUAAAAUCGAAAUGGGAUUCUUUAAUUGGCAUGUCAUCGAAUCGUUCAAAGAAUCUGAAUCAAACACAUGACUAUUAUCAAUUCUUUUCCGAUGCGGAUGAUAUUGACACAUGGAUGCUUGAUAUGUUAAAACUCGUUUCAAGCGAAGACAUUGGUCGCGACGAAUCAUCUGCUCAAACAUUACUGAAAAAGCACAAGGACACACAAGAUCUAUUGGAUAACUACCGCAAAACUAUUGACGGCUUUAAACAAACCAAUCUUCAAACACUAUCACCGGAAAAACAAGCUCUACCUGAUGUUCAACAACGUCUGCAAUCAAUCGAACGUCGUUAUGUUGAAUUACUUGAAUUAUCGAAGUUACGUAAACAAAAAUUGCACGAUGCCAUUUCGCUAUUUCGUCUGUUAGCUGAUGCCGACAAUGUCGAAGCAUGGAUUGAAGAGAAAGAACGAUUUUUGGCUACGUUAGAUCCAACACAAGUCAAUGAUAUCGAAGAAUUAGAAGUGAUUAAACAUCGUUUCGACGGCUUUGAACGCGAUAUGAAUUCAACUGCAUCGAAAGUUGCCAUUGUCGGCCAUCAAGCACGAACAUUAGUACAAAAUGACCAUCCUAAUUCUCAAGAAAUCCUAGACCGCAUCAAUAAAUUGAACCAUAAUUGGGCACAGUUACGUCGAUUAGUCGACAAGAAACGCGAAGAUUUGAGUUCCACAUUUGGCGUUCAGACUUUCCAUAUCGAAUGCAAUGAAACAAUCUCGUGGAUUCAAGAUAAAAUUCGUAUUAUUCAAUCGACUGAAGAUUUAGGUCGCGAUCUUGGUGGUGUUAUGACCAUGCAACGUCGUUUAAGUGGUUUAGAACGAGAUAUGGCUGCUAUUCAAUCGAAACUCGAUCAAUUAGAAUCGGAAGCAACCAAAUUAGAAAAAGAUCAUCCAGAUGAAGCGCAAGACAUUCGUCAUAAAGUUAGUCAAAUCAAUUCAGUCUGGUAUGAAUUAAAGGAAAUCUUGCGUCGUCGAGAAGAAUCUAUGGGCGAAGCAGCUGAAUUACAGAAAUUUCUUCGUGAUCUCGAUCAUUUCUCAGCCUGGUUGACACGUACGCAAACUUUAGUAGCUAGCGAAGACAUCCCCAAUACAUUGAACGAAGCCGAACAAUUGCUAAACCAACAUCAAACAAUCAAAGAAGAAAUCGAUCGUUAUGGUCCCGACUACGGCCAAAUGAAAGAUUAUGGUCAUCGGGUGAUUCGCGAUGCCGAUACAACUGAUCCUCAAUACGUAUUUUUACGCGAACGCUUGAAUGCGCUAGACGAUGGUUGGAACGAACUUGACCAAAUGUGGCAUCAGAAGAAGAAUAUGUUAACAGAAGCUAUGCAAUUCCAAAUGUUUGUUCGUGAUGCCAAUCAAGCCGAAAUUUUGUUAAAUCAUCAAGAAGCUUACCUAACACGAGAACGUGAACAACAACCAAAAUCGUUCGAUGAAGUUGAAGCUCUCAUUAAGAAACACGAAGAUUUCGUUACGACAAUGACAGCCAAUGAAGAUAAGGUCCAAGGCGUUUGCUCAUUCGCACAAAGAUUAUGCCAAGAAAAUCAUUAUCUAGGCGAUCGUAUUCUUUCUCGUGCAUCGGUGAUCAAUGAUCGUUACGUUGCUAAUCGUCAAACAGCACUGGAAAUGCAUGAUAAACUUCAUGAAUCUCUGAAAUACUUUCAAUUUAUUCAAGAUUGUGAAGAUCUGAAGGAAUGGGUUGAUAUGAAGUCUCUCCAAGCUCAAGAUGAUACGUACCGUGACACGGCGAAUAUUCAUACGAAAUAUCUUCGCCAUCAAGCAUUUCAAGCUGAAAUCACUUCGAAUAAGGAGCGUCUUCUCGCUUUGAAACGUCAUGCUGAUCAAUUAAAAGAGGAGCAUCGUCAACAAAUCGAUCCAAAUUCAAUCGACCAACGCAUUACUGAACUCGAUGAACUCUGGCUGAAACUUGAAGAUAUCACACGAGAAAAAGGCGAACGAUUAUUCGAUGCGAAUCGCUCGAAAUUAUUUCAGCAAUCGAUUACUAAUCUCGAUGAAUUCAUGUUAAAUAUUGAAAAACAUCUUUAUGCUGGUGAACAAACAACCACUCCAUCCGAUCAAAUCGAUGGACAAGUGCAAGUCGUAUCAACCACGACGACGACGCUCGAACCGUUGGAAAACAAUCUAACGGCAACUAAUCUACUACUGCUCAAACAAACAACAAUCGAAGAAGAAUUAUUGAAACGUCAGCAACAAGUUGAUGAAUUACGUGUUCAAGCCGAAAAAUUGAAACAAUUAGAACCGGAAAAGGCCGAAGAAAUCGAUUCGAAACGUUUACAAGUCGAAGAGAAAUUCUCUAAACUUCUCCUUCCACUUGAACAGAAGAAAUUACGCUUAGAACAGCAGAAACAUCUUCAUCAAUACUUUCGCGAUAUUGAAGAUGAACAAAUCUGGCUAAGUGAAAAACGUCACUUAUUGCAAACAUACGCUGACUUGAUUUUCAAUAAUAAACAGCAAACCUUAAUGAAUGUACAACUAUUGAAGCGAAAAAAUGAAUCUCUACUGAAAGAAAUCGAAAAUCAUGAACAACGUCUUUUAGAACAUUUAGAAACUGAAAAAACGCGUAUUACUCAAGAUUAUCCGUCACGUGCCGAAGAAUUCCAAGAACGUCUCGAACAACUAUCAGAUAAUUACAUUCAAUUGAAAGAAACAAUUAAGCAACGCCGUGAACAUAUCGAACUAUUAGAAAAUGUCUAUCAAUACUAUUACGAUUUAAGCGAAGCUGAAGCAUGGCUUGGCGAACAAGAACUAUACAUGAUGAGCGAAGAACGUGGUAAGGACGAAUUAGCAACUCAAGCCUUUAUUCGUAAACAGCAAGCGACGGAACAGACCAUUGAAAAUUAUAGUGAUAUUUUGCGAGAACUAGGUGAAAAGGCGAAGAAUUUGAUACAAGAUGUGGAACAAUCGAAUCUUUCACGUGAUCUUAUUAAUGAACAUCAUGAAUUGAUCAAUAAACGACAAACACAAUUAGAUAAAUUAUAUGCUAGUUUGAAAGACCUGUCGGUUGAACGACGACAACGCCUUGAAGAAACUCUGAAACUUUACCGUCUCCAUCGCGAAAUCGAUGACUUAGAACAAUGGAUAUCUGACCGAGAAUUGAUUGCUGGUUCGCAUGAACUUGGUCAAGAUUUCGAGCAUGUUUCAAUGCUACUCGAUCGGUUUGCCGCAUUCGCUCAAGAAACCGAACAGAUCGGCAAUGAACGUUUACAACAUGCCAAUGAAAUGAUCGAUGUCUUAAUCGCCAAUGGACACGUUGAUUCCGCUCAAAUAGCUGAAUUGAAAGAUACACUGAAUGAAUCCUAUCAAGAUCUAUUAGAAAUGAUUGAAACACGUUUACAAUCAUUGAAAGCAUCAUGGGAACUGCAGAAAUUCUUACAUGACUGCAAAGAAAUUCUAUUGGCCAUGCAGGAACGUAAAAAUACGAUACCAGAUGAGAUUGGCCGCGAUCAACAAAGUGUUCAACAAUUGUUACGUAAACAUCAACAAUUUGAAACGGAACUGGUUUUAUUAGCUCAAGAUAUUCAACGUAUCCAGCAGGAAGCUAAACGCUUGAAUGGUAGAUAUGCUGGUGAGAAAGAAGCAGAAAUUCGACAAAAAGAAACAGACGUAUUAACUCAAUGGAGACUAUUACAACAAUUCGUGGAUCAACGAAAACGUCUACUCAAUGAUUAUGAAGAUCUUCAUCGAUUCUUCAAUCUGACAAGAGAUUUACAUAUGUGGAUGGAUGGCAUGAUCCGUCAGAUGACCAAUAGUGCUAGACCACAUGACGUUAGUGGUGUAGAUUUACUGAUGAAUAAUCACCAAAGUUUAAAAGCAGAAAUUGAUGCAAGACAAGAGAAUUUCACCAUGUGCAUCAAUUUAGGUAAAGAUUUAAUUAACCGACGACAUGCUCGAUCGAACGAAGUUAAAGAGAAAUGCGUGCAAUUAUCGAUGUUACGUGAUCGUCUUGAGGAUACAUGGCACGAACGUUGGGAGUACUUACAGCUGAUCCUUGAAGUUUAUCAAUUCGCACGUGAUGCAGCUAUUGCUGAAACAUGGUUAAUUGCUCAAGAAUCUUAUUUAGCCAACGAAGAACUUGGUGAAACAUUGGAUCAAGUCGAAAAUCUCAUUAAACGCCAUGAACAAUUUGAAAAGUCUCUCAUGGCACAAGAAGAUCGCUUCAAUGCUUUACGCAAUCUGACUACAUUGGAAAAGAAACGACAAUUGCCACCGGUCGAGCCACGGCAAAGUCGUUUACCAAUCUACCUAGAAGAAUUCAAAACCUGGGAAGAACGCGAUGCCGAACGGACAACAACAUCAGGCGAUCGAUCGAAAUACAAGUCGACAACUACCGAAGCUAAAACAGUUACAGAUAGCAGUGGUCGUCCGACAACAUUACCUGGCAAACAACGUUCUAGUCAAGAUUAUGAAUCUAUGAGUGGUAAACAACAUCGAUCGGAAUCAGCCACACGUGCACCAGCGCUCAAGGAAGGUUUUCUCUCACGCAAACAUGAAUGGGAAGGACUCGAACGUAAAGCAACACAUCGUGCUUGGGAGAAAUACUACUGUGGUUUGACAAACAAUCGUUUAUCAUUUUAUAAAGAUGCUAAACAUUUGAAAUCAGGACGAACAGUAAGCGAUGAUCUUCAUCUCGAUUCAUCGACUGGUGUUUCACCGGCCACGGAUUAUCGUAAAAAACCCAAUGUUUUCCGCUUGAAACUUCAUGGUGGUAAUGAAUAUUUAUUCCAUGCAAAAGACGACCAAGAAAUGAAUGAAUGGAUCUCCUCGAUUAACAAUUGUAUUUCUUCACUAUCAUCUAUUAUCAGCACAGGACCAGCAGCAGGAGGUGCGAGUGCAGCAGCACAGAUACCCUCUGUAGCCUUAACAUCACCACCGAUUGGAAUCGGUUCAUCCUCAUCGUCAAGCUCGCCGCGACAUCAAACUCAAGUACCGACAAUGACAACAAGUUCAUCAGGUAUUGAAAUGGCGCAGAGUUCUACAAGCGCCGAACAGAAAUCUCGAACAUUACCAUCUCAAUCUACUACCACAGUUGAACAAAGUUCAACUCAACAAGCCUCGAGUGGAAAGAAGAAAUCAGGCGGAUUUUUUUCCAUGAAAAAGAAAUGA